AUGGGUGAUGGUUCACUAGCUUUGACGGAACUGGAUUUAGUUCAGGUCUUGGGGCAGGCCAGUGAUCCAAGGCAUGCGGGUUCGCAGGCACAAAGAUUUGCCGAACAGCAGCUUAAGCUAUGGGAGACUCAAAAAGGCUUCCAUUUCCUACUGCAGUCUGUUUAUCUCAAUCUAUCGUGUCCUCUGGAUGUUAGGUGGCUUGCCAUUAUUCAAUUCAAAAAUGGAGUCGAGAAGUACUGGCGAAGUACCCGUAUCAACGCCAUUGGUAAAGAUGAGAAGGCCUCCAUUAGAGCCAGGCUGUUUGAUCUCAUUGACGAAAACAAUAAUCAGCUUGGGAUUCAAAACUCACAAGCGGCGGCGCGUAUUGCCCGUCUAGAUUUCCCUGGUGAUUGGCCAACUCUUUUCGAAGACCUCGAACAUCUACUUGGCACAGAGGCUAUAUGGCAAGACAAUGUUAGGAUGUUCAAUCUUUUGUUAAUUAUGAACCAAAUGAUUAAAACGUUAGCUACAGCACGAAUUGGCAGAUGUCGACCUGCGAUGCAAAGCAAAUCACCUCUGGUUUUUCCUCUCCUUGUGAGGACGUACCUGAAGGCCUUUAACGAGUGGACGUCGGCUGCAAGUGUCGAUGAGGAAAGUCUUUCUCAGAUCCAAGUUUCCUACCUAGCGCUCAAGGUUUUACGGCGCUUGGUCACCGAGGGGUGUGAGACACCUCAUAGAAACGUGUCUAUUGCGGAGUUUUUGCAGAUAUCCAUUAAUCACUUCGAGCUUCUGAUGACACAUUUUGAUAAUUAUAAAGGAUUUGACAAUUUUGAGAAAUUUGUGAGAUGUUAUGGGAAGCUGUACUAUAGUUUGAUAUGCGCAUCCCCGUCAAAUUUCAUUCUUUUGCCUUGCUCCCUACAAGUGCUGACAGCAUUCACAAAAUUACUGAUCGAGAGAGCGCCUGAUGUGUACCGUGAGAAUGCUGAAGUCGACGGAAAUUUUUGGGAGCAGAUAGCUAUCAGAUCAUUUUUGAUCUUAAAGCGUCUAAUCAACUUCAUACACAAAAAGGGCGCUGUGACAAUCAAAGCGAAAAAUGAUAAAUAUGAAGUGGAUGUUGCGGUGAAAAGAAUUACAUCAGAAUUUUUGAACGAGAAUUUGAUCAAGAAAUGGGUUGACCUUUUAAUGGACUGGUACUUGAAACUCAGAAAAUCUGAUCUUGAAGAUUGGUCGCUCGAUCCCGAGGAGUGGAUAAAUGAGCAACUUGCCACUAGUUAUGAAUACCAGAUCAGGCCUUGUGCUGAAAAUUUCUUUCAAGAUCUUAUCAAUUCGUUCCCUGACCUUUUAGUUCCUUAUUUGCUCAAUAAGAUUCAGACGGAAGCGAGCUCUUUGAAUAAUAGCGUCGAAGAUUUACUAAAAAAGGACGCAAUCUUUGCAAGUUUUCAGUUGAGCGCAACAUCUAUCAGCGAAGCUGUUGACUUUGAUACGCUUCUCGUAAAUGUUUUCCUGCCGGAGGCAUUAAAUCCCCAACAACUCCCAGAGUUCUCAAAGAUAGUUAAAAGAAGAGUUGCGCUAGUUAUAAAUGAGUGGUCUACUAUCAAAUGUUCUGAAGAAAGUAAGCAAGCUUGCUACAAGUUCUUUUAUAAGAUUUUGACGGAAGAGGAAGAUAAAGUGGUCCGUUUGACAGCAAUCCAGAGCUUAAGGACAUUGGUUGAUGACUGGAAUUUUGACAAAAACUCGUUCCAACCCUACCUUGAUGAUUUCGUUGUGGUAUUACUCAAGAGAACCUUACCAUCUGUAUCCCUUACUGAAACGCGACUCUACGUUCUUAAUACACUUAGUGACAUUAUCGUACAAACAAAGCCUCUUGUUAGCAGGAAUUUACUAGUGGAAAUUCUUCAAGUUGUUCCCGAACUGUGGGAACUUUCUAUGAAUGAUUCUAGUGAAUCUAUAUUAGCCAACGCUUUGUUGAGGUUGCUAAGACGCGCAAUCGACUCCCUGGGCAAAAAUUCCCCAGCUACCUGGCAGAUAUCUCUCCCCAUAACGCUAGCUGCAUGCGAUCCUUCGUCACCUCAGUAUUCCCUUCUAUAUGAGGAUGGCUUUGAACUCUGGCAGAGCCUUUUACAAAACUACUCCCCCAGUGAACAAGCGCUUGAUGAAACUUUCUUCAAGUUGGUUCCGUUUUUGAAAAACGCUGUCCAAAAUCAAACCGAGAUUCUUCCCACUUUGUUAGAAAUCGUUAAGAGCUAUGCACUUGUUUUGCCAGAAAGUCAAUUCUUGAAUAAUGAGUGCUUUUUUUUUGCGUUUUCUCACCUUUCAGGAUAUCUUCUGAAACUUCGCGAUGAUUCCUUUGAUAUUGUACUCUCAAUUUUGGAUAUUCUCACUUUGGCGCGGGAUCCAGAUAAUGAUAGACUUUUGCUUGAAUUUUUGCUCGAAACGGGAAUGUUGCCCUCGAUCUUCAAUGCGCUAUUCCGUGAAGACCAAAUUUCGCUCUUUCAAGCAGGUCAAUUGUUGCAAACAAUUGCAAGAAUAGCCUACUUUGACCCAGGUUCAAUCAUUCAAUUAUUAGAGCGAUACAGAUCAGCCCUGCCAACCUCCGAACGUAAUUCGUUGCUUCCUUUAGAGGAAAGAAAGGCCCUUUCUGUAGAAACACCUUUGGAGAAUGUGAUAAACAAGUUAGUGACUAUAUGGAUUCUUUGUUUUAAAGACUUUUUUGAUCCACGGGUCAGGAAAAUUCACAUUUUAGGGUUAUCUAGCAUGCUGAGAACGCAAUACCCCGCUGUUAUUUCAGAAAUUGCUAGCAUUGUUUCUUUGUGGGUUGAAUUCCUCGAAGAAACGAAUGAGACGACCAACGGGGAUUGCGAAAAGUAUUACAUUAACGACCCAGCAUACGGUGAAUCUCAAGACGAUUCAGAAGAGCACAUAUUGACAUGCGAACACCAAAGGCUUCAGAAGCUUGUUAGUGAGAGAGAUCCUGCUCAUAACGUAAGCUUGAAAGAACACAUAACUUACACUUUGCAAUAUCUUGAGACAGAAAUGGGGCCUCAAUUUCAAACGUUACUAUCUUCUGUAGACGAAGCGUUGAUCCAGGACCUACGCCUCUUUCUAUCAAUACCCGCUCAAAAAUAG